CUCUUGUGUUCAGUCCUGACCUCUCUGGUUAUCAGGCUUAUCGCAGGGCAGGGGACAGAGAUAAGUAUACCUCCGCACCACGGUCCGUACAGUCCGUACAGUCCGCCGUACGAUUAUCACCUGGGUGACAUGCCCCCUGCGGUUAAGCACCCCCCGGCUACUGGGCGACUGUUCCUCUUCGGGAUAUGCAUUGUACGGUGGCCGCUUUCACUGCCGGCGCGCGCCCUCGGGUCCCCGUACUGCUUAGUGCGUACCUACAUCACGGAUGGGACCCGUGAUGUGAGUCUACCCAUCGACCGACUGUAUCUACCUGAUCUGCUCCAUCUCUCCCUCUCCCUCUCUCCCUUCAUCUUUCCAACCCUCCCGAGUCUUCACCUCCCGACACCACAACUCUUGAUCUCGUCCUGUCGACUCUUGUGUUCCGCUUCUCAUCCCUCCCCUCUGAUCAAGAACCUUUCCCAUCCACUCCCCCCGUCUUAUAUCAUUAAUACGUCCCCCCCCCAACUCGCCCACCGCUGCUCGAUCGACUCAUUCACUUGAGCUCGACACAACCAGCUCCUCCAUUCGUUACCUGCGUUACAUUCUUCCCCGGUUCGCACAGCCGGCUACCAACUGUCGUCUGCAGCCUUACUGGCCUUAUAAGUAGCCUACUGGCCUUGUCCUGCCCCGUGUCCGCGAUCCGAGCUCGACUUCCCCCAGAGCCUGCCUGCCAAAGCAUCAGCCCCAAAAUCGAGGCACUCCCAACCCGAGGAGCUC